UGCAGAAAAGUGUGGGUUGGGGUUUUGGAAUUGUGUGCAUUGUGGAAAUGUUUCCAAACUCUAGAUGCUGAAAUAGUUACUGUACAUAGCAGGGGCGGACUGACAACUCAUGGGGCCCCUGGGCAAUAGGGGAUCAUGGGGCCCCUGUGUCCUUGCCCAAACUCAAAAAAGCCUAUGAAAAGGUACCAGGGGCAUCUCAUGGGGCCCCCUACUGACCCCGGGCCCUCGGGCACUGCCCGAGUUUCCAAAUAGUCAGUCCGCCCCCUGGUACAUAGUU